AUGGUCGACGAGGCAACAAAAAAGACAUUAGCAGCCAUUCCACUUCUUAAAACGCGGGCUGGCCCACGUGAUGGUGAUCUUUGGGUUCAGCGACUGAAAGAAGAAUAUUUGGCCCUUAUCAAGUACGUUGAGAAUAAUAAGGCUGCUGACAACGACUGGUUUCGCCUCGAGUCGAAUUCCACUGGAACAAGGUGGUAUGGCAAGUGUUGGUACAUUCAAGAUAUGAAGAAAUAUGAGUUCGAUCUGAGUUUUGAUAUCCCUGUCUCCUACCCGAGCACGAAUCCUGAGCUGGCUUUACCGGAGCUUGACGGCAAAACUGCAAAGAUGUACAGAGGCGGAAAGAUUUGUCUCACUGAGCACUUCAAACCUCUCUGGAGUCGAAACGUGCCCAAAUUUGGGAUUGCACAUGCAAUAGCUCUUGGACUUGGUCCGUGGGUAGCUGUUGAAAUUCCUGAUUUGAUCGCUAAGGGUAUUGUAAAACACAAAGAUGAUGAAUAG